AUGUCCCAGAUGGACGAUUAUAAACCUCGCGUUGACGAUGAAGCUGAUGCCGACGCCGACGCCGACGCUGAUGACUACGCCUACGAUAUCCACCACGACGACACCCGCAAACGCAGUCAGCUUGAUAACCACAGCGACCCAAAGAAGCGCAAGACGCAGCAAUCUACUCCGAGGCUCAACAAGGAUGGCUCAGAGAAGCCAAAGCUUAGCAGGGGAAGUAGAGCCUGCCUGGUGUGCAGGAGAGUAAAGAUGCGCUGUAUCGGUGCUUCGGAAGGUGUAAAAUGCAAGCGCUGCUUCAACGGCGGCCAUGAGUGCAUCUUCGAAGAGUCAAAUAGAGGCAGACGCAGUACAAAGAAACCCGAUCAUCUCGCAAAUUCGCUUUCUUCCAUGUCUGAGACAGUCGAUGGCGUCCUCAGAACAUUCAAUCCAGGAACCCCUCAGUCUGAUAACUCACAGUACAGCUCCGCCGAGGCUAGCACUAGCAAACUCCCCCACAAUGGCAGGCCGACACUGAAUCGCCACUCAAUCAACUCCUUGGAGAAGCUCAUGAGCGGCUCAAGAGCACAGCAGCUGGAAGCAGCCGCUUGGUUAAUGCAAUUUCAAGAGUCUAUUUUAAGCUACAAUAAUCAAAUUCUCGACCAGAAUGAAAGAAUGGUCCAGUUGCAUAACAAACAGCCUCAUAUUCACGGAAACAGCGUCACUCCGCUAGACCAGCUCGUUAAUGCAUUUCAAGUUAGCUCACCUGGAAUGACGCAUAAAAAUGAUACCACUAAUGCCAAUGGCAUUAACAACGCCAACAACCCCACUAAUACUACAAAUGCUGAGCGGACCCCUCAACAUCAUGAGAGACCAGCUUCACCUAAACUUCAUAGCCUACCUGACGACACCCUCAACCCUCUCGGUCUUCUUGCUGAGGCCAGUCUCAACAACCGACGCUACAGCGCACGAAAUUCGCAGCGACCUGAUCUUCAAACAAUCCUCAAUAACGAGGAGACGGACGGCUCUUCACCUAAUGUUUGCGAGAAAGAAAAGAAUGAGCAGGUGGAGGCCAUGCUUAGAGAUCAGAAAUCGGAGGGCAUUGGUGUGGCAUCGGAUGAGUACUAUACACCAGGACCCAUGUCGAUGCUUCCCCUCCGUCGUAUCUUCAUCGAACGCCAAGUCAAACCAGAAAUACUCAAUUUCUGCUCGGACCAAGACAUUAGUAACCUUUUUCACAUUUACUAUAAGUACAUGAACCUACACACUUGCGUUCUCGAUGAAGGUUUCCACACGCCCUCGCUUGUCGCAUCGCGCUCGCCCUUUCUCCUAACGGCAGUGUGUGCAGUGGCGUCCAAGUUCUACACUCAAAUGCCCCACCUUCAACCAAAACUCCAAAAAGUAGCACGCAAGCUCGCAUUCGACGUGCCUUCGCGCGGAUUCAAGAGUGUUGAGAUUGUGAUGGGUUAUCUCGUUCUCGUGUAUUGGGGUAUAGGGCCCUCGCGGCGGUUUGAGGAAGACAAGACGUGGUUGUUGCUUGGUCUUGCGCUGCGCGUAGCUACAGAUCUCAAUCUACACAAAAAGGCAUCGGCGCAGAGUAUGCCUGGUAGCGACGAUGCUCAGCGUGAGCGUGAACUCAGGUGUCGCGAGCGCGUAUGGAUUCUUUGCUAUAUCACGGACCGCUCGCUGUCGGCACAAAUGGGCAAGCCUCCAUCUACAAGCCAUCGCGAAGAUUACAUUAUUCGACACGUUAGCGACUGGGCGCGCAAUGAAAUGAGUAAUCCCGAGGACUACCGCGUUGCGGCUUACUGCGAGAUGCAGCGCAUAGUGUCACGCUGCAUCGACUUCCUCUACUCCGCCUCAACACCUUCCGGUUUAGGCGCAGAUGUGAAUUACAUGCUUAUCACGGUUAUGUUCGAGAGUCAGCUCGUCGAGUGGAUCGAGAAGGUGCUUCACAACAAUAGUCGCAUUCAGGGCUCGGCAGAACAGCACGCGUAUAUAAUCAGUAUUAGCAAGUUUAUGUUUAAUUAUUGGUCUCUUGCCGUGUUUUCCUUCGGAUUACAGAGCUCCCUCGAAACGAGUAACGUAGACACGCCGUACUUUUUUGCGAAAUGCUACCACUUCGCUAUGGAGUUGCUAUCUAUCACAAAGAAAGAGCUUGGUCCGAAUGGCUGGCUGAAGUAUAGUGUAGAUUCGCACUUUGUUUUCAUUACAUAUGCUGCAGUCUCGCUUCUCAAAUUUAUGCGUCCGCAGUUCAGUCCUUAUCAUGCAGCAAUAGGGAUAGACAAUACUAUGAUAACAGGACAAGUGUCAGAAAUAGCUAAUUUGUUUGCUGGAGUAGCAGUAGAUGCGCGACAUACUCCUGCGCUCUACGCCGCAUUCCUUCAGGCGCUUAUUGGACCUCCUACGACAGGAGAGGAUGAUGGGGGAUUCAGGAACCGCAACGAGAUAUUCGACCGUCUCGUCGGCGAUCAAGGCAAGAACAGUAUGACGGAUCUGAUAGAUGAGAGUGUUGCGUUUAUGCCACCGCCACAUCAGCCGCCAGUAAAUUCGCAGACACACCCGCAACCUCACACACCGCAGCUUGACGAAUACGCACAGGCUCAGGCGGCAUUUGAGGGCACUAGUGGGGAUUAUAUGAGCAUGGAUCUGAAAACCAUCAACGAACAAGCACAGGCGAUGGAUGCACUUUAUCAGAAUGGCUUUUGGGAAAAUGUGCUACUGCCUGGUUUUGGCGGUCCUUUAGAUUCUAUUUCGGGGGGUGUAAUGCGCAGUGGAUUCUUGACUCCUAAAGGUAUCACACCGUCACAGACACCGAGGAAUAUUUCCAGGCCGCAGACACCGGCAAAUGCAUCAACUUCCAUGUCUCAGCAAUAUUCUAGACCGAGACAGCCUGUGUCGACGCAUGGCCAGGUGAAUAAUCAGGUAUUCAGUCACUCGCAGAAUCACUCAUACAAUCAGCACGCGCACAAUAUCUAA